AUGGAAAAGCACAAUCUAACAGUGGUGAAUGAAUUUAUCCUCCUGGGAAUCACAGACCGUCCUGAUCUGCAGGCUCCAUUACUUGGGCUGUUCCUCAUCAUCUAUGUGACCUCGUUAGUGGGCAACUUGGGCAUGAUCAUCCUCACCAAGGUGGACUCCAAGUUGCAAACCCCCAUGUACUUUUUCCUCCGACACCUGGCUCUUACAGAUCUUGGUUAUUCCACAGCUGUGGGACCGAAGAUGUUAGCAAAUUUUGUGGUGGAACAGAAUACCAUCUCCUACUGCUUCUGUGCCACACAGCUAGCUUUUUACAUAGUAUUCAUAGUUACUGAAUUUUUCAUUCUGUCAGCGAUGUCAUACGACCGCUACGUGGCCGUCUGUAACCCUCUGCUCUACACAGUCAUCAUGUCACAAAGGGUGUGUCUGGUGCUGGUGGCAAUCCCCUAUCUCUAUGGCACAUUUGUUUCUCUUACAGUUACCAUCAGGAUUUUCACUUCACCCUUCUGUGGCUUCAAUGUCAUCAGUCAUUUUUAUUGUGAUUGUCUCCCCUUAUUACCCUUGCUCUGCUCAAAUACACAUGAAAUUGAAUUGAUAAUUAUGAUAUUCUCAGUUUUUAAUUUAAUUUCAUCUCUUGUGAUAGUCCUUGUGUCUUACCUGCUCAUUCUCCUAGCCAUUCUCAGGAUGAAAUCCUCUGAGGGCAGGCGCAAGGCUUUCUUCACCUGUGGAUCCCACCUGACCGUGGUCACAGUGUUCUAUGGGACUUUGAUAUUUAUGUAUGUGCAGCCUAAAUCCAGUCAUUCCUUUGACACCGAUAAAGUGGCUUCUCUCUUUUACACCUUGAUUAUCCCCAUGUUGAAUCCCUUGAUCUACAGCUUGAGGAACAAAGAUGUAAAAUAUGCUCUAAAAAGAACAUGGAAAAAUGUAUCUAAUAUUUUCUCUUAA